AUGGGGAACAUAAUUUGCAGAGGAAAAAACCUGGGCAAGCAAGUUCUGGGAGGAAAACAAUUGGGCAACAAAAUCGGUACCCUCAUGACCAAACAUAGUAAACAUAUGAAAGAAAAGAAGCAAGUUGGUGAUAUUGAUCCAAAUUUUGUAUGUCACUUCUGCCAUGAGCAAGUUCAUCUAGAACGCUCAUUCAACAUCAAGGGUUGCGCCCAUUUUUACUGUCAAGAGUGCAUUGUUAGAUUCAUAGUGUCCAAGCUCCAAGACAAUGUCACAUCUGUUACGUGCCCGGAUCAAGGAUGCCCCGGGGUGUUAGACCUUGAGUACUGCCGUCCAAUUCUCCCAUACGACGUCUUUCACCGCUGGGGCAAGGCCUGUGAACCAGAUGAUACCAAACAAGCUCAGUGUCCUCAUUGCAAGGGAGUGUUUUGUGUCAAGUGUAAGGUUCCUUGGCAUACCGAAUUCGAUUGUGACCUGUUCCAGAAACCGAGAGAUAUGGGUGAAGAUCAGCAGCUGGAAGAGCUUGCCAAGAAUAAGAACUGGAGGAGGUGUCCAAGUUGCAAGUACUAUGUUGAAAGACGCGAUGGGUGCAGCUACAUAAAAUGCAGGUCAGUUGAACUUCUCUGCUAUGCUACUUCUAGCUGUUCGAUGCCUCCUUCAACUUACAUAAACACUUGA